AUGAGAUCUAGUGGUGGAGAUAUAGAGAACCCUGUCAUGACAGGAUUGAGCAAAGAGCAGUGGAAAACUCUAGUAGAAAUGUUGAACACCUCAAAAGUUACUUCAAAUGAAAGCAUGACUUGUAAGACUAAACUCAACGCUUGGAUCAUCGAUAGCGGAGCAUCUAAUCAUAUGACAAGAAUAAUACAACACUUAUGCAAUGUGAAGGAAGACCGCACUUCGAAGAUGCUGAUUGGAGCGGGUGAACGAAGGGAUGGACUCUACUUAUUCUGGGAGGUUCUGAAAGUAAAGGCUAACAAGUUAGUCUCUAAUUGUAAUGGAAGUAGUGUUGGUGAGUUGAAAAAUAAAGUUUGUGAUACAUGCCAAAGAGCUAAACAAACUAGAGAAACAUUUUCGUUAAGUAAUAAACAAGAUUCUGACAUAUUUGAUUUAAUACAUUGUGAUUUAUGGGGAGGAGCAUAUAGAACUCCCUCUUCUUGUUGUGCUUCAUACUUUCUUACUAUUGUCGAUGAUUGUUCACGUGCAGGUGAACGUGUCUUGACAGCAGGAUACUUGAUUAAUCGAACUCCAAGCUCCAUUUUAAAAGGAAAAAGCCCAUAUGAAAUACUACAUGGACAUGCACCAUGUUAUACUCACUUGCGUGUUUUUGGUUCCUUGUGUUUUGCACGAAACCAACAUACAAAUGGAGACAAAUUUGCGACUCGCAGCCGUCGGUGUGUUUUCGUUGGGUAUCCUUAUGGACAAAAAGGAUGGAGAGUUUACGAUCUUGAAAGCCGUGAAUUAUUUGUGUCACGAGACGUAAUUUUCUCUGAAAAUCAGUUUCCAUUUCACGAAAUUGAAAAACAAAAAGAUGAUGUUAGGACAAAUAGAACGAUGCUGGAGCUCCCAAUCACUGAAGAGGAUGAUAUGGAAAAUAAAAAUAAAGAGGAUGGUGAAGAAAGUACUGAUGCAGUAACAGACCCCAUACAUAUACAAACUCAAACCAGUCACGACGAGAAUGAAAAUGAAUCUUUGGGGCGCGGCUGCCGUGUCAAGUAUCCAUUCACUCAGUUGCAAGAUUACGUCACAAACACGGUUCAUAAGUUGAGUCCUUUACCUUGCUCAUCCGCUCAAUCACACGCUUCAGUUGGCCUUCUUGGUGCUAAACCUGCGCCCACCCCACUGGAGCAGAACCAUCGCUUAUCACUAGCUACGGGACCGUUGCUUUCAAAUCCCAAGAAAUACCGGCGUUUGGUUGGGCGAUUGAUUUAUUUGUGUUUCACUCGGCCUGAGCUAUCUUAUUGUGUUCAUAUAUUAUCUCAAUUCAUGCACGAACCUCGUACGGAUCAUUGGGAGGUUGCAUUAAGAGUGGUCCGGUUCUUGAAAGGUAACCCAGGACAAGGAAUAUUUCUUAGUCAACAAUGUGACCUGCAACUUCAUGGAUGGUGCGACUCAGAUUGGGCUAGCUGCCCUCUAACCAGGCGAUCAGUCACUGGCUGGCUGGUGCAGCUUGGUGACUCUCCCAUUUCUUGGAAAACAAAAAAAUAA